UGUGCAUUCAGUCGAAUUUAGUGCGCUAAGCAAAUCAGUCUGAACUUUUUAAUAAUGAACUCAACAGAGGAUUGGUUUUUUCAAAUUCCACCCACAGAUCCUAAAACAAGGCAUUUACCACUUCUUGGAUCGCAUUGGCCCAUCACCACAAUUAUUGCACUGUAUUUGAUAUUUGUUCUCAAACUUGGACCAAAGUUUAUGGAGAAUCGCAAGCCAUACAAUCUUAAAUAUGUCUUGAGUGCCUACAACAUCUUUCAAGUGAUCUACAAUUCGAUUCUCUUUGGUUGUAGUAUUUACUACCUAUUUAUUAGUCCAAGAUACAACAUGCGCUGCAUGACGAGUCUUGCAUUCGAUCAUCAAGACAAAAAUAUUGAACGCGGUCUUUGCUAUGCAUACUUCAUUAACAAAAUAAUUGAUCUUUUGGACACAGUUUUCUUCGUUCUUCGAAAGAGCUACAAACAAAUUACGUUACUCCAUGUCUACCAUCAUGUGCUGAUGACAUACCCUAUUUAUUGGGGCAUGCAAUUUUACGGAUUUGGUGGACAAUAUUCAACAUUGGGAUAUUUAAACACUGGUGUUCAUGCUGUGAUGUACUUUUAUUAUUUCAUCUCAGCAAGGUAUCCCGAAUUAAAGGGCAGUAUUUGGUGGAAGAAGUAUAUUACGAAACUGCAGCUUUUGCAGUUUAUUCUACUGUUUAUUCAACCGAUUUAUGUUCUCUCCUACAGUCCUGGUUGCAAAGUUCCAUUUUUCCUGCAUAUGCUGCAGUUAGUAGUAUCAGCUUCAAUGAUUGCACUGUUUGGUAAAUUUUAUUACCUUGCAUAUGUGAGAGCUAGACCACAAAAGUCAUUGAAGCAAGAGUAAACAGAAAUAUUGUGAAGAAAACCAGUAUUAAACUCCACAUCCAGUUUUAAAAUACUGUCCAAUAAAUUAUGUAUAUAAAUAUAAUACGCGU